AUGCAUGGGAGCAUCGACUGCAUGCACUGGACAUGGAAGAACUGUCCAACUGUCUGGCAAGGUAUGUAUACUGGACAUUUUCAUGAACCUACAAUUAUUUUGGAGGCCGUAGCUAGUAAAGAUCUUUGGAUAUGGCAUGCCUUCUUUAGACUGUCGGGGUCUCACAAUGAGCUUAAUGUUCUACAUCGUUCGUCGAUUUUCACACAACUUGUGGAGGGAAGAGCUUCACCGUGCAACUAUACUAUCAAUGGCCACGAGUAUAAUAUGGGAUACUAUCUCGCCGACGGGAUUUACCCAGAGUGGUCCACAUUAGUGAAGACUAUUCCAGCACCUCGAGGAAACAAGCAUAAGUACUUUGCUCAACAACAUGAAAGCGCAAGAAAAGAUGUUGAGCGAGCUUUUGGCGUGUUGCAAGCUCGAUUUGCGAUUGUUCGUGGACCAGGACGUUUCUGGCAACCUUGUAUGCUGAAAGACAUCAUGAAAGCUUGUAUUAAAAUGCAUAACAUGAUUGUUGAAGAUGAACGAGAUUGUCAAUUGGACAAUAACUUCGACUUUACUGAUUCGGUACCAGUCGUUGAACCUUCUCAUGUGCAGACGGUGCCUCUAACUGAGUUCAUCCAAAAUCAUCAUCGGAUCAGGAACACGCAAACACACAAAUCACUAAAAAAUGAUUUGAUCAAGCAUCUGUGGCAGCUCAAGGGAUCCAUCGCCGAGGAUUAA